UACAACGUGUAGUUCAGCGGCUGCAGCCGACAACGAUGAGUGCACCUGAUUGGUCCAACCUGACCCUUCACCUGGAGGGGUCCUUGACCAGUGCUUUGGGUCAUUACCUGGACAACUGGAGGCAUAACAUGACAGCUGCAGCCAACGCUUUGGACAAGACCCUGGCUGAGGAGAACUUCAGGAACGUCAUCUGGUAUCUGGCGGUGAUGAUUGGCAUGUUUGCCUUCAUUCUUGUGGCUAUACUGGUGAGCACAGUCAAAUCCAAGAGGAGAGAGCACUCUAAUGACCCCUACCACCAAUACAUCAAGGAGGACUGGACUGCCCAGAUACAACAGGGUGAUGUCGUCCACAACUUUGCAGCUGUAUAAUGCAAGCAAAGACAUUUAAUUCGCAGCAGAUCAUUAUUAUCAGCAGAAGCAGCAUCAGCAUAACUAUAAAAGAUUUCCACAAGUCAAUAUCUUUUUUUUUUUCAGUGAAUGCUUUUCAUGCUGGUCAAAUUUGUAACCAUAAUAAUAAAAUCUAAUCAAUAUUGUGUA